AUGUUUGGGCCCAAGAGUGUAGAUGAUCUCAAAGCAAUCCACAAAGCAUUCGAGGACACUCUUGGCAAAGCACCCUACUGGACAGGGUUUUUGAAAGUUUCUAAACUGAAAAAAAACACUUUGAAGGGACCUAGCCUUGAAAAAUCGAGUGGAAAAUAUUGCGUGAAAGGCAAAAGAGGAGGCGGACUGAAGGACGAAAAAUGCAAUGCAGAUGACAGUUUCAAGGUCAUCUGUCAGCAUGAUUUUAGAGAGGGCGAUGGUGAUGAAGAUGACGAUGAUAGCAGUAAUGGUGAUGACAAUAAUGACAAUGGAGAUGGUGAUAACGAUGAUGACGAUGAUUCUAACAGUGGCGAUGAUUCUAACAGUGGCGAUGAUUCUAACAGUGGCGAUGAUUCUAAAGGUGAUGAUGAUUCUAACAGUGACAAUGACUCUAAAAGUGACGAUGAUGAUGACAAUGACAGCGCCGGAAAAAAAUCAUCGCCUGAUGAAUCUAAAAAAGCAGACAGUGCUGAUGAUGGCCUACCAUGCUGA